AUGGCUACCCCUAGUGUCCUUGCUUUUGACGCUGAGGGUAGGGCCAUUGACUUUGACGUCUGGAUAGAUGACGUGCAGCUUCUCUUACAGUGCGAUAGGGCAGACGGACUCUCUUUCUUUGACCUCACCUCUGCUGCCUCUCCUGCCCCUGCUCCUGAUUCUGACGCCACUGUUCACUCACAGUGGGCCACGCGCAAUGCUGCUGCACGUCUUGCUGUGCGUCGCCACCUUCCUACCUCUGAGCGUGCGCACUUUAGCCAGUACAAGAGUGCUCAGACCUUGUACGACGCUGUAGUUGCACGCUACUCCUCCCCUGCCACUGCUGCACUGAGCCGCCUCAUGCUACCGUACCUCUUCCCUGACCUUGCUGCCUUUCCCACAGUCGCUGACCUCAUUACGCACCUCCGCACUAGUGACAAUCGCUACCGCACUGCGCUUCCUGCUGAUCGGUCCGUGCGGCGUCUACCCCUAGUGGGAAGCGUCGCUCUGGCAAGGGCAAGGGGGGCAGGGGCACUGGAGGAGCUAGCUGGGGCGGUGGAGGUGGAGGUGGAGGCGGCAAGGGCAGUGGGGGUGGCGGUGGGGGUGGAGGUGGGGGAGGAGGUGUCGCCAGUGGCAGUGGAGGCGGAGGCGGCGGCGGCGGUGGCGGUGGGAGCGGAGGUGGCGGAGGUGGCAGAGGUGGAGGAGGUGGAGCUGGUCGGGGUGGCGCUGCGCAAAGGGUUGGCUCCGGCAGUGCGGGGUGGGGGUGCUGGUCCGUGCACCUACGUCCUGCGCACCGGCGACCGUGCGGGUGAGCAGUGUGGGGGUGCGCACUCCACCCAGCGCUGCUUCAGUCGCCUGACGGACGCUUGGCGUCACCAGAUUCCGGAGGCCACGGAGAUCCUUCGCUGGGGUGAGCUGUCUAGGGCGGGGGUAGCUAUCUUUGAUCUUGACUUUGAUGCUAUUCUUGCUGCCAUGUAUGCUGUGUCUAUUAGUGAUGAGGGUGACUGUUACCGGUGUUUCCCGCCCGACCCGGGCAUUGAGACUGCUGCUCUAGGUACUAGUGAGGCUGCCGCUCUAGGUGCUAGCGAGGCUGCUGCUCUAGGUGCUAGUGCGUCUGCUCCCUCAGGUGCUGGUGAGUCCGCGCUCUCAGGUACCGAGUCGGCUUCGGCCUCCCUCACCUUCACCCUCGACUCUGGGGCGUCUCGCUCCUUCUUUCGAGACCGUACCACACUCACGCCGCUUGGUCGGCCAGUUGCGGUCUCUCUGGCAGAUCCCUCUGGGGGUCCUGUCCUUGCUCGCUUCUCCACUGUCCUCCCGUGUCUAGCGGCUCCCUCUAGCACCCUGUCUGGUCUUUACCUCCCCUCGUUCUCUACGAACUUGGUAGUUGCGUCGGGCCAGGUGUUUGCUGCAGCGUCCAGGUCUGGUCCUAAGUCUACCCCCUGCUCGUGUCGCCGCCUGUCCCACGAGACUCUUCUCUGGCACCACCGCCUUGGUCACCCCUCCCUGCUUCGUCUCCGAGGCAUGGCCUCUCGUGUCCUUUUCUCUGGUCUUCCCCGGUCCCUCCCUCCCCUUCCUCCGGGGCCUGGCCCUGUCUGCGUCCCGUGCGUCGAGGGGCGGCAGCGGGCUGCCCCUCACUCCUCCCAGUUUCCUCCGACAGAGGCCCCACUGCAAACGCUUCACAUGGACGUGUGGGGCCCGGCCCGCGUCCGUGGUCAGGGUCACGAGCGCUACUUCCUGCUGGUGGUUGACGACGACUCGCGUUACACCACAGUCUUUCCCUUGCGCACAAGGGUGAUGUCACUGAGGCGGAGAGUUCUGCGUCUUCUGCGAGCCUUCUGUUGUGCACGAGGCAUCCGCCAGACCUUCACGCUUCCGGACUCUCCACAGCAAAAUGGGAUUGCUGAGCGCCGCAUUGGCAUGGUCAUGGACGUUGGGCGUACGUCCAUGAUGCAUGCGGCUGCCCAUCAUUUUCUGUGGCUGUUUGCGGUUCGGUACGCAGCGCAUCAGAUCAACCUUCACCCCAGGGUCUCCUGGCCGGAGACAUCCCCAGCCCAGCUGUGGACAGGGAAGGUUGGUGAUGCGUCUGCUUUCCGUGUCUGGGGAUCUCGGGCGUUUGUCCGCGACUUGUCUGCGGACAAGCUGUCCCCUCGUGCUGCUCCUUGCGUCUUCCUGGGUUUCCCCCCUGACGCGCCAGGGUGGCAGUUCUACCACCCCACCUCUUGCCGUGUUCUGUCCUCCCAGGACGUCACGUUUGACGAGUCGGUCCCCUACUACCGCCUCUUCCCCUACCACACUCCGUCCCUCCCCCGCCGCCGCUCUUCCUUGUCCCAGGUACACGCAGUCGGGCCUAUCGAGGUCUCUGGUGACUAUAGUGCUGCUGAGGGUGCUGAGCCUGGGGGUGCUGACUCUGUGGGUGCUAAGCGUGGGGGUGCUGAGUCUGGGGGUGCUGAGCCUAGGGGUGCUGGGUCUGGGGGUGCUGAGCCUGGGGGUGCUGAGCCUAGGGGUACUACGCCUGGAGGUGCUGAGCCUGGGGGUGCGGAGCCUGGGGGUGCGGAGCCUGUGGGAGCUGCGCGUGCUGGUGCUGUGUCCGGCGGUCCUUUAAGUGCUUCGUCUCUCCGAGAGCCACUCUCUCCACAAGAGCCGCGUGAGUGGUUUGCCCAGCGCUGGAGGCGGGCUGCUGGAGCUAGAGGUUCUUCGACUGCUGAGGUUACUGGUGCCAAGGGUCCCGGAGGUGCUCGUCGUGGGAGUACUGUAGCUGUUGGGCCUGCGGGUACUUCUGGAGCUGGAGUUACUGAGGGUGUUGUCGCUGAGGCUACUGCUGUCGUUGCUGGAGGUGCUGCUGGUGCUGCUGGAGGUACUGGAGCUGGAGGUGCUGCUGGCGCUGGUGUUGCCGCUGGGAGUACAGGUUCUGUCCCUGCUGUGAUUGGAGUGGCCGCGCGUCCUCGGUCGUACUUCGUUCCCCUCCUUCAGUUGGUUGUUGGUCUCCCGCCUUCUAGUGGUCCUCCUCCUCCCUUAGAGUGUCCACUGCCUGACCCGUCACAACUACAGUUACAGCCGACCUCCCCACUGCCUGCUUUGUCUCCCUACAUUGGUCCUACUGGAGGUCUUGCUGAGCGUCGUGAGCCUGUGUCUCGCCCUGCGUCACCUGUCCGUGCUGCUCGCACUAGUGGUCGCGGUUCGCGUCAGCGUCCUCAUCCUGUCCCUGGCAUGCAACAGAUGUCUCUACGUCCGUCCACUGCUCCACUGCGUGCCCCUUUGCCUUCUCCUCCUGAGUCCUCUCUUCCUGCUCCGGCCGACCCUGAGUCGGACUCUCUUCGAGCUGCCAGUCCUACUGUCACGCGUCUCCUUGCUACUGUCGUCAGUGACCCUUCUUUUGAGUUCACUGCUGCGUCUGCCCUAGUUGCUGAGCUCGUCGACUUUGCUGCUUGUUGUCGUCUUGACAACGCUGCUAGUCUUGUCGCUGAGUCUGAGUCUGUCUGUCUUCCGUCCGUCGGGGGUGAGUGUGCCCUUGGCACGGACGUCCUUGAGGACAGGCAGGAGGAGUUCCAGUAUCUGGCUGCUGCUUCACCUCAUCUCGUGUCCGUACUGCUUACCCCUGAGGGAGACCCAGAUGCACUUGACAUCCCGACUCCACGCUCUUACGCGGAGGCGAUAGAGGGUCCCUACUCCUCUUAA